UUCAGGACAUCUCAUCUCUCAUGGUUGGGUCACUUCAUUUUGUGGCUUCCUGUACAGAACCAGGACACCUGAAUGCUCAAACCAACACAGAUGAGCUAAUUUCUUAUUCUUUAUCAUCCAGAAAAGCUGUCUUACUUACCCUCUUCACCUUGACCUUUCCCUCUGGAAUCUUUGACCUGGGGUUCCAGGUACACACACCUGAUCUGCGAAUGCACAGGUGUUUCUCCUGUGAUUUCACGGAUGAGGGACCUUGACGCCUCUUUAUCUCAGCUCCAUGGCUGGUAGAAAAUACAUGUUCAUUUCCAAACUCUUCCUCUUCUGUUCUCCUCUGCUCAUCUGUAUCUAUCUCCUCACCCCAGCGUGCGUCUGCGGUCCUGCCCGGGCCCCUUUUCUCGCUGGCCAGCCUUUCCUAGUGCUGUGGGGGGUCCCGGAUAAAGACUGUUUGGGUCGACCGGACCCAGCAGGAUUUGGGAUGGAGUGGGAAGGCCGUGUGGCGAUUUUUUACGAGGACACACUGGGCCUUUUUCCGUAUUUCACCGCACAGGAUCGUUCUGUUAACGGUGGCCUACCGCAACACACCAGCCUUGACCUUCACCUCCAGAGGGUGGCGGGGGAUCUGACAGCCACGCUACCCCAGGCAGGAGCACCUGGUCUGGGGGUGCUGUGCUGGCAGGAGUGGGCACCACAGUGGAAUAGGAAUAGGGGUAGUAAAACAAAGUACCUUGUGGAGUCAAGGGCACUUCUCAGGGGAUUUUUUCCAGACUGGGGCGCAGAGGAGGUGGAAAGGUGGGCUCAGGUUGAAUUUGAAGCAGCAGCCCAGUCCAUACUGAUGGAUACGCUACAACAGGUGAAGAGACUGCGCCCAUAGAGAUUAUGGGGCAUGACCCCUUUUCCCAACUGUUAUAACUUUGACUCCGCCCAGAUAGCGCUAGCCAAUUACACAGGACGCUGUCCCGCGGCAGAAAUGGCUCUUAAUGAUGAGCUGAUGUGGCUCUGGAAACAAAGUGGUGCUCUUUACCCAAUCCUCUCACUGGAGAAGCUGCCAGAGGGAAGCAAGGGGGCGUGGCUUUACGCAACCAAUCAGAUAAGAGAAGCGUUGCGUGUGGCGGCACUCGCAGGGACCACUUUUGAUCUUCCAGUGUUUCCAUUGGUCAAGACUUCAUACAUUUCCACUAGCAACUUUCUGUCAGAGAUUGACAUAGUGAAUACUAUAGGAGAGAGUGCUGCCAUGGGUGCAUCUGGAGUCAUUAUAUGGGAAAGAGCCUUAGCAAUUAAAACACAGAAAUCCUGCUCAGAGUUUGGCCUAUACAUUCGUGAGAUCCUCGGCCCUUACGCUGUCAACGUCACCACUGCCUCCCGUCUCUGCGGAGUCUCGCUGUGUCAGGGGCGCGGACGCUGUGUGCGCAAGAAAAAAGAGGAACGCACCUACCUUCAUCUUCCUUCACCCCACUUCCUGCUUGUGCCAAAUGGGGCCGAAGGCGUCCGAGCAACUGGAGAACUUCCUGCUGCUUUUAUAAACAUUUGGAGGAAGGACUUUCGCUGCCAGUGGUUCGAGGCGUUGGAAGGUGCCGCUGCAGAUCAGGAGUCAGAUGGCGUGGUGGAAAAAGGACGAAAAAUAACAUUACCUACAGCAAAGACCAUUAGUAGGAUAAGCCAGAGUGAAAGCACGGUGGUCACCACAGCUUCAGUUACAGUAGUGCCUACUAAACUAAUGAUGGACAGUGGAAGCUGUGCACUCAAUAUACCUGUCGUGCUUCUCUCCUCGGUGAUUCUCGUCAACUUCAUUAUGUUAGAUGUGUCUGGAACCGGAGUGUGAUGAUGGGAGUUUUGUUAACCCCUGUUGGCCUUGACUUUGGGUGAUGACUUGUUCAUUGCAAAAAGCUUUUUGUUAGAGAUUCCCAAAGGAAGAAGAGUGAUUUAUUUCAAAGAUACAUAAUUUACAUAAUUUAAAUGAGUCACGUCUGAACAUAUGAGCAGAUCUGAAUCAGAAUCUUUACAUGAAACUUAAACACUCUCAAGUGACCAAUAUGUUGUUUGGCAUUUCAUAGCUAAAUGAACUACCUUCUUAUUGUAUAAAACAAAUUCUAGGCUCUGUCAAAACACAGACUAGCUACGUACCGAAUAAAUAAUUUUACAGA